UAGCCAUUCGUAGUUAAUGGCAUGUGGUUAAAGUUUCUUAACCUAAAUAUGUAGUUUGUAUUGGUUUGUAGUGGUUUGCAAUCAAAUUAAAACAUGUUCUGAAUUGUCAAAUAAUAAAGUUAUAAAAAAGUAGUUAAUUCAUUGAAUAUUAUAUAAAGGAAUAUUAAUAGAAACGCAAGGAAAGGUUUAUCGAAAUGGUGCAGUAUAAACAUCGUGCUUCACGUUUAACUCCAAAGCAUUUAGAUCCAAAGUGCUUAAUGUUUUCUAUGUUCACUGCAAAUGAUAUAAGAAAUUUGAGCGUUACCAAGAUAAGAACUCCUUUGUCAUUUAAUAUCUUAGGACAUCCUCUAAAAGGAGGCCUAUAUGAUCCAGCACUAGGUCCACUCCUUGAAAGUUCAGAUCCAUGUGGAACAUGUGGGUGCAAUGUGUUCAAAUGUCCAGGUCAUUUUGGACACAUAGAAUUACCUAUGCCAGUUGUAAAUCCACUGUUUCACAAAGGAUUAUACAUGUUAAUUAAAUUAACAUGUUUAAAAUGUUUUACCGUACAAAUUCCAGCUUACGUUAAAUUAUUAUUAUCUACAAAACUGAAGUUACUUCAACAAGGAUAUCUCAGCGAUAUCGAAGGUUUAGAACAAGAAGUAAUGUUUAUUGUUUCGGACGCGCAUAGCCCUUACGAUGUUGAUUUAGAAAGCGUUCAAAAUGUUAUCGAUAACUAUGUAGAGAAUCUUUACAACAGAUCAAGGUUUAAUCAGUCUAUUACACGAUACAAUGAAAAUCAAUUGAGUACAAAGAAUAUUAAUAUGCAAUGGCAUACGUACGUUGAAAAUGUUCUUAAACAAUAUACAACUCCAAAAAUUUGUGUAAAUUGUCAGGAAACAAUACCAAGAAUUACAACGUUAAAAAAUAAAAUCAUGACAACUAAAGUGUCUAAUGUACAAAAUAAAGAAAUACAAUCACACGUUGUAAUUCAUAAAUUGGAAACGAUCAUGAUCUUGCCAGAUCAGUCUAAAGAGUAUCUCAGGAAACUUUGGCAAAAUGAAGGAGAUUUUCUGAAAGUUAUUAUACCUUGUUUCGGAAUGGUAGAUAUCGAAUAUCCGACUGAUAUAUUUUUCUUCGAAGUAAUACCAGUCCUCCCACCCAUAGUUAGACCGGUAAACUUUGUUAACGGCCAAAUGAUAGAGCAUCCACAGUCUCAGGUUUAUAAAAGUAUCAUACAAGAUUGUCUUGUUCUUCGAAAUAUUAUUCAAACGAUUCAAGAUGGAGAUACGAGCCAGUUGCCGGAGGAGGGUAAGCUUGUGUUUGAACAAAUAAAAGGUAACACAGCAAUUGAGAAGUUACACAAUGCUUGGCAAAGCUUACAAGUAAACGUAGAUCAUUUAAUGGAUCGCGAUAUGAAUAAGACAGCGGACUCUGCAAAUUGUCAGGGAUUGAAACAAGUGAUAGAAAAGAAAGAAGGAGUUAUUAGGAUGCAUAUGAUGGGUAAAAGGGUAAAUUUUGCGGCUCGUUCGGUCAUUACACCAGAUCCUAACUUAAACAUAGAUGAAAUUGGGAUACCUGAAACUUUUGCUUUGAGAUUAACAUAUCCGACGCCUGUCACUCCUUGGAAUGUAGUACAUUUGCGACAGUUGGUUUCGAACGGUCCUAAUGUUCAUCCCGGUGCUGUAAUGGUUGAAAACGAAGAUGGAAGUGUACAGCGAAUUUCUGCUGAUAAUAUUAUACAAAGAGAAGCAAUCGCAAAACGUCUUUUAACAACAAGCGACAAAGCAAAUAAAUUUUUCAAAGGUAUCAAGAUUAUACAUAGACAUUUACAAAAUGGAGAUAUUUUGUUAUUAAAUCGUCAACCAACUUUACAUAAACCAAGUAUAAUGGCUCAUAAAGCGCGUAUACUGAGGGGCGAGAAAACAUUGCGCUUUCAUUACGCUAAUUGCAAAGCUUAUAACGCGGACUUUGAUGGAGAUGAAAUGAAUGUACAUUUUCCGCAAAAUGAACUAGCCAGAAGCGAAGGAUACAAUAUAGCUAACGUGUCUAAUCAGUACCUUGUACCGAAAGAUGGUACUCCGUUAAGUGGUCUUAUUCAGGAUCACAUGGUUUCAGGCGUUCGUUUAACGGUAAGAGGGAGAUUCUUUUCACGCGAGGAUUACCAGCAACUAGUGUAUGCUGCUUUGUCUACGAUACAAGAUAAUAUCAUUCUUCUUCCACCUAGCAUUAUAAAACCAAAAACUUUAUGGUCUGGUAAACAAUUGGUAUCGACCAUCAUCGUUAAUGUUAUUCCACCAAAUCUGGCACGUAUUAAUUUAACAGCUGGUGCUAAAAUCAAUGCAAAAGCAUGGCAAGUUGCAAAACCAAGACGUUGGAAAUGUGGCUAUGAAUUUUCAGAUCCUAAAACAAUGUCAGAAGCGGAAGUUAUUAUACGAAAUGGAGAAUUAUUGUCUGGAGUAUUGGAUAAAACCCAUUAUGGUGCAACUCCGUUUGGUCUUGUACAUUGUGUUUUCGAACUGUACGGUGGAACAUGUUCUAUAAAAUUAUUAAGUGCUUUUGGUAAAUUGUUUCAAGCUUUCUUACAGAGAAGUGGAUUUACGCUUGGUAUAGAAGAUAUCCUAUUGGUAAAGAAAGCAGAUAUAAAACGUAAAGAAAUUAUAUCAAAGUGUAGAACGAUCGGAGAAGAAACACAAAAGUCAUUAUUAGAAUUACCCGAUGACACACCUAUGGAUGUGGUUACCGCAAAAAUGGAAGAAUCUUACUGGAGUAAUCCGAAAUUUCGCGCCCAAGUCGAUCGAAAAUACAAAAUCGCAUUAGAUGUUUACACGAACGAUAUAAAUAAAACAUGUUUACCAGCUGGCCUUUUAAAAAAGUUUCCAGAUAAUAAUUUGCAAUUGAUGGUACAGUCUGGUGCUAAAGGUUCUACCGUAAAUACUAUGCAAAUAUCAUGUUUGCUUGGACAAAUUGAAUUGGAAGGUAAACGGCCACCGUUAAUGAUAAGCGGAAAAAGUCUUCCAAGUUUUCCGGCAUACGAACCAUCACCAAGAGCCGGUGGUUUUAUCGAUGGUCGUUUUAUGACUGGGAUUAAACCUCAAGAAUUUUUCUUUCACUGUAUGGCCGGUCGUGAAGGUCUUAUCGAUACUGCUGUGAAAACUAGUAGAUCAGGAUAUUUGCAACGUUGUCUAAUUAAACAUCUCGAAGGAUUGAUUGUUAACUACGAUUCAACGGUACGAGAUUCGGAUGGUAGUUUAAUACAAAUUUAUUAUGGAGAGGAUGGACUCGAUGUACCGGGUUCGCGAUUUUUAAGAAAAGAACAGAUCGACUUUCUAAUGGAUAAUAAAGAUGCGAUUAUCGAUGAAAAAUUAAUGAAAUACCUAAAAGAAGUUUCAGACACGGAUAGAAUUUUGAAAUUAGUAAAGAAAAUUAAAAAAUGGAAGAGUAAAAAUGGAAGUGCCUUGGAAAAGAGAAGAGUCAGCCCAUUUGCAAGAUUUUGCAUAGAGAACGCUAAUAUUAUUAAGCCGUCAAAGUUAAAAAAAAUUAAUAAAAGUAGUGGAAGAAGCAAAGGUGCACUUUCGCUUAUGAGAAAAUGGAUUAGAACUACGGAAGAAGAGAAACAAGCGAUUAACUCUCGUUGUAUCAAAUGUCCUGAUCCAGUGAUGUCCAAGUAUAGACAGGAUAUAGACUUUGCUGUGAUUUCGGAACGAUUAGAAGAAUUAAUAGACGAUUAUAUGACUAGUAAAUCCAGGAAUGCUGUUGUCAGGAAAAAAGAUUUAAGAGAUCUCUUAUCGAUGAAAGUAAUGAAAAUUGUUUGUCCACCUGGUGAACCGGUAGGUUUAUUAGCGGCCCAAUCAAUAGGAGAACCAUCUACACAAAUGACUUUAAAUACUUUCCACUUUGCUGGUCGUGGAGAAAUGAAUGUUACCCUAGGUAUACCUAGAUUACGUGAAAUACUUAUGAUGGCAUCAAAAUCUAUCAAAACACCUAGCAUGGAAAUACCGUUCAGAAAUGAUUUAAAGAAUCUAACGAAAUCUUCAAAUAGGUUAAAGCUAAAAUUGACAAAAUGCAUUUUAUCAGACGUUUUAGAUAAUAUUUCUAUUACCAGAAAAAUGGAACAGUUUCCGAAUAGGCGGUUAGUAUGUACUAUGACUAUUAAUUACCUUCCACACAAAUCGUACAAAGGUGAAUUCUCUGUUCAGCCACAGGAUAUAUUGAAAAAAACGGAAGAAAUAUUUUUCGAAGAAAUGUUUAAAGAAAUGUUUAAAGAAAUCAAGAAAGUUGUUAAAGUAACUGGUUUGUUACACGUUGAAGAAGAAAAGAAAUCUACGUAUGACGACGACGCUUUGCUGGAUCAAGCUGAACCUGAUCAAGGGACAGAGUCAACGAUCAAAUCACGAGCAAACUUGGGAGAAAUGCAUGAAUCUUCGGACGAAGAAGAAGCAGCAGAAGACGCGGAUGCAACGUUAGCGCGAACGAUUUCUCGUCACAAUGAAAAUCAAGAAUAUGAAGAUCCAGAAGAAGAAGAAGAAAUGGAAGACGUUAAUGAAAGAGACGACGAUGAUGUAGAAAACGAAAAUGAGAAAAUAAAACGUACGGAACAACUAGAAGAUGAUGAUGAUGAUGAUGUAGAUGGAAGAACUGAAGUUCAAUACAAUACUCAAAGAAGGAAUGAUAUUACAACCAUGUAUACUCAAGCGCUGGAAUAUGAUUAUGACGAGGACAAAUGUACAUGGUGCAAAUUAACAUUCUGGUUGCCACUUAAAAUGAUCAAAUUAGAUUUACCAACAAUAAUUAGAAAUGUGGCAAAUAAAGUUGUUUUAUGGGAGGUACCAUGUAUAAAACGUGCUUUUACAUUCCAAAAUAAUGCUAAAGAGACUAUUCUCAAAACUGAUGGCAUAAAUAUAAUAGAAAUGUUCAAGUAUGAUAGAUUACUAAAUUUGAAUAGAUUAUAUUCUAAUGACAUUUAUGGUAUUGUUCAAACAUACGGCAUUGAAGCAGCAAAUAGAAUUAUUGUAAAAGAAAUAAGAGACGUGUUCAAAAUGUAUGGUAUCACAGUCGAUUCUCGACACUUAUCGUUAAUCGCGGAUUACAUGACAUUCGAUGGUACAUUCCAGCCGCUUAGUCGUAAAGGAAUGGAGGACUCAGCUUCUCCUUUACAACAGAUUAGUUUUGAAAGUUCCCUUACUUUCUUGAAAAACGCUACGUUACAAGGAAAACGAGAUAACUUGGUAUCUCCAUCUAGUAGAUUAAUGUUGGGUCAACCUUGUAAAGCUGGUACUGGAGCGUGUUCUUUAUUAGUGAAAAUACAAACACAACCAGAAAUUGUUUUAUCAGGGGGUGCAUAACUACAC